AUUUUUGUGUAUUUUUCAGAAGCUUUGCUUAUAUAACUAUAAAAGACAGACUACCUGUUAUUCUUGUCAAAGUUGUGGAUACCUUGUGUCAAGAUAAGCAUUCUAUUGAAAUGACAUAUGGAGAGGUUGCUAAAGAAGAGGCAAAAGAAAUUAUUGGGAAAUUAUCUGCUCUUCAAAAUGAAAUGGUAACCAAUAAACCAAUUCUACCACUUAUAGAUGAUCUUCCUGAUGUUAAAUUUUGGAAUGACUAUUUAGAAAAACAAAAGAUUUUAUAUGGUUUUACUCCUGCAUGGUAUGUGUCAUCAUGGCUAUACGUUGAGUGUUAUCUUUAUCGAAGAAUUAAACAAGCAUUUCAACUUAGUUCUGCAUUGAAAGAAUAUGAUCCCUUUCGAAAGCAGAAGAAUGAAUCAUUUUUAUCUGCAAUGGAUUCUGUAGUAUAUUUGUUAUCUGCUUUGAAUGACAUUUUGUUGAAGUUUCAAAACAGAGAUUCAAAAGAAGAUAUUUAUAACUCCUUUAGAAUGUUCUUGCAGGUAGCCCUAUGGGGCAAUAAAUGGGACUUGUCUAUUUCAUGUGGCAAAGAAAAUGUUCAUGAUAAUCCUUUGUUACAUUUAGAGGAGAUGAAAGAAAAAAUCAUUGUGGAUGAUACUGAAGUUGUGUGGCAAAUUUUACAAGAUGCUAAUAAUACCUCCAAGGAAAUACAAAUUGAUAUUGUGUUAGAUAAUGCUGGUUUUGAAUUGUUUGGUGAUCUUUGUUUCAUGCACUUCUUACAAGCUACAAAUUUAGUGAAGAAAAUACGAUUCCAUGUGAAAUGCAUGCCCUGGUUUGUAUCAGACACUCUUCAAAAUGACUUUGAAUGGCUACUGAAAACAUUAUCCGAGAGUGAUCUUGAAAUUCUAAUUAAAUACAGUAAAGAAUGGUCUGAAAAAUUCAGGUCAGGUGAAUGGACUAUUGAAAAGGAAAUAUUUUGGACUCUUCCUCAUGAUUGCAGUGAAAUGAAGACAACAGAUGCUAACCUGUAUAACAAACUAAGUCAAAGUCAUAUAGUGAUUUUUAAAGGAGAUCUUAAUUAUAGAAAAUUAACAGGUGAUAGACAAUGGAUGGAAACUACGCCAUUCAUUGAAGCCCUUAAUGGAUUUUCACCCACUUCAAUAGUUUCUUUGCGCACUGUUAAAGCUGAUGUCAUAGUUGGUUUAAAAGCUGGAAUUUCUGAAAAUUUAAGUAAAAUUUCUACAAAUUGGAAAUUUUCGGGUGAUUUUGCUGUAAUACAAUGUGCUAGAAGUUAGUAUUUAUUUCAUGAGAGAAAAUACAAAUUUUAAAAUUGCAGUAUUUAAAAUUUAAUUUAUAUUUAUGUGUUAUUAUGUCAUGCUUAGAGACAUUUUUAAAAUAUUUGUUAUAAUAGAAUAAGUUUAUUUCAAUAAAUUGUAAAUUUCACAGAUUAAAAAAUAUAUUUUGGGUAUUUCACUGAAAGUUUGCCACCCUUUAAAAAUGCUUAGUACUAUUAUAUCAUAGCUGCCAGUGUUGAAAUAUGAAAAACCAGAAGGUUUUUUGCUCAGGGCCAUGAACUCAAAAUUGAUUUAAAUGUGUGACGGUAUGCUUUGAUUAUGUGAUGCACAGCAUUUUAAAAGAAUUCGAAAUUGAUUUAAAUUCACAUUAAAACAUAUUAUUCAGUUUAUUCAACUACUUAUAAUAUGAUUCUGUUAUAAAACACAUUAAUAUUUAAUUGCAUAUUUUUAGUUUCAUGUUCUUUGGCUAAUUUUAUUUUGUAGUCUUCCUACACUUUUAUAUUGAGAAAAUUCUGAGUAGGGAAGAAAGCUUAGUACUUUUAAAUAUGAUAAAAAUAAAAUUAUUUCCUCUUCUGAAAUGGGCCUAAUGACUUUACAUAUUGAUGUUAAAAAAAUAUAAAUAUUUAAUGAUUAAACAUUUGGUUGAAUCUUCGUUUAAAUUUUGCAAAUGUCAAAAAUCUAAUUAAGGCAAUUCAGAUCAAUAAAAUUUAAUAAGAAAAAAUAAGCUGAAUAGAGAUGGUGGAAUAAAAUUUGCACAAUUUAAUUUUAUUGCUAAAAAACACUUUCCCUAAUAAUAAAUAAAAAGGGAGAAAUGGUCAUCUACUCGGAGAUGUGUCAAUUAAAAACGGGGGAGAGUUGACAGCUAAAUAUUAUAAAUGAAGUAGUGUUAAACAAAUAAAUGCAAAAGCUGAAUUCUGAGCCAUACGCCUGCCUACAUGUAGAUAUAGUCAAAUCCAUUGACAAUUUCUGGCAGAUUUUCCAAAUUUCAGUUAUUGUGAAGAGGACCGCAUAAAAAUUAUUAUUUCAAAGCCAGGGAAAUAUGCAUAAGAAAAUUUUUCAUGCAGGUUCUGAUGUGUGCAGGGCUCGAAAUGAUUUCAAAAUUCCAGUAGCCAAAGAAAUUCUGUUUGCCAUUCCCCUUGCCCCCCCCAAAUAAUGAAAACUUACCAGUAAGAGUCACCGCAGCACUGUUAACCUUUUACACAGUAUCUCAGCUGCAUCAUCUUCAUCUAACAGUGAAGGUAUCGAGUGUUACGUUGUCGAUACAUGUUCUAAGAUUAGUCUUAAUGAGAUUAAUUUGGCUAAAAACCUUGUUCACUGGAAGAUGCAUAACUGCAACUAUUGAUAACUGGCUGAAAGAAAUCUUUCUUUGUGUGAAUUUGCUGUAGAAAGAAAUUUAUGUAUUUCUGCAUGCUGUUUUAAAACUUGAAUGUCAUACAUACCAUUAGUUCUGUAAAGAUUUCAAGUGGGAGAAGAGUGGGUUUGAAAUGGCAGAUAUCCUUAGAAGUGAUUGUAUAAAGUCACAGUUUCACCCUUUCCAUAACUUUUCAGAUUGUCAAAAGGUCAAAUGAAUGUGUUAAAGACAGCACUACAGCAGUUGCCUUUAUAACACUCACAUCCCAUCCUACAAAAAUGUUUCUUGAGGUGCUUUAUUCCAUGUGAAAUUAUUUUCCGCUUGCUUCAAUCAAAAAACUGGCGAUCAUUGUUUAUAAGCUUUAAUGUUCCUAAACUUCCAAUUAAUAGAAGUUGGAUUAACAAACCGUUGUUCAUAUACAUCUGGUUUAGAUACUACGUCAUUAAAAUUUCAAAUACAAAGCUCUACCCUGCUUAAAAUCAUGAUUUCUGCUUGAAAAACGGGAGAAAGUUACUCGAAUAUAGAAAGAAAAUCUAGCAAGAAAUAUAAAGUAAAGACAAGUCGAAAUUUUUUUGUUUUAAAAAUCCUCUGGCCACAACAGCAUCCUUUCCUUUUUCAUUUCGUUUCUAAACGAAGAACCACUACAUCAUAAUUGUUUAAGAGAGCAAGAAGGGCACUAACUAAAUUUGAUAUCCUUUGAAUUUGAUGUAAAUAUUUGAAUUUUCGGAGUUUUGACUGUAGCAACUGAGCAACUUGGUUUAGUUGCAUUAGUCUUUUUGGAGAAUUGCCAUAUUUGCCAGCGUAUAAAACACACUUUUUCCCUUUGAAAAAAGGUCUGGAAAACAGGGUUCAUCUUAUACAUCAAUACACAGUUUAUUCGGAGCUAUGUGAGUAUAUCCAGAGUUUUUUUCUUGUUUCUUUGCGGAGUGUGGAAGUAUUACAGUUACGUAAAGUUCAGUGAAUGCGCAUGCGUUGUGUGGACAAUGACAGCUGGGUUUGUUUAAACUUUCCAAUUUUUGUGAAUGACUGAACGAAUGAAUUUUGUGAACGAUGUGUGAAAUUUCUACUGUUAAAUUUUCUUAAAUUUAUUGGCAAGUUAUGGCUCAAAAACCGCGUCGGCAUUGUUAUAACAUAGCAUACAAGCUAUCUGUGAUUGGGUAUGCUAAAGAACAAGGAAACUGGGCUACAGAGAGGCAUUCACCACCUCCAACUGAGGAAAAUGAUAAGAACUUGGCUGAAUUAGGAAGAGGAUCUAAAAUAAGCAAUUCGCAGUAAACAUAGCCUACAAAGGGGAACUGCCCUAUGGCCUGAACUUGAGGCAAAGCUGAAUACUGGGAUUUUAGACCACAGAAAAGCAGGACCUUUUAGUCUCUAUAAAAAUGAUUAUUCAUCAAGUGAAAGAGAUAGCGACUGAUAGAGAGAUUGCCGAUUUUAUUGGAUCAACAUCAUGGUGUUCAAGAUUCAUGAAGAGACACCAGCUAUGUAUAUGGACGAAAACAAAAAUAUCACAAAAGAUACCAGAUGAAUAAGAAGAAAAAAAUUAUUGAAUAAUAAUAAAGCUUUAUCCUUCAAAAAUGUGUAUAAAAAGGGGGUGCAUCUUAUAAGCCGGCAAAUAUGGUAAUGUAAAAUUUAUACUGUUUCUUAAGAAUACCGCUCAGUUCAUGAAGAUAUUUUGUGUCUUUUACCAAAUCCAAUACACUUAAAUUUUUAACUUGUGUGUAAUACUGUGUUGUGUUACAAGCACCUUUAUGCCCUUUUUCCGAUCGUGUUUCCAGGCCAUCUGUUCCAAUCUCCAAUAUUCACUUUCUUCCCUGCCAAUUGAUUCCUAGCUUUUACAAUUCUUGAUCUAGUUUCAUAAUAACCUAAUAAGGAAGAAGAGUUAUUAGGUAUAAUUGAAGAGAACUCUUUUAUAGCCUUACAUAUAUUAUUUCCUGUGUAGAUUUAUCAGUUGAUGCAUCCAAAAGAAUGGUAACAGAACUAUAAUCUAAAAUUUCUGCAAAAACCUUUAUAUGCAUAACAGGUACAAUAUGAGAACUCCCUGCAUUAUAUAUUAUUUUGAUAUUUGUUGAGACCAAUGCUUACUUUCAAUUCAUUGAGCAUCUUAACCAAAUCUUUAAAAUCAGAAACUGGAGUGUCUGAAGUUUCUACAGCUAUAUUUUUCAGUAAGCAGUCUUUGUGCAUGUGUGAUUGAUUGCAAAAGAAAAAAAGUUUCUAAUAUGAAUGACCUACUGAAACCUUACACAACCCAUGAGUAUUUAUGUAACGUUUGUGCUCACUCUGCACCAAGCGAUGUCUUUUUCAUAUGAUAACCACUUUAAUUUAUUGCACCAUUGCUUUCUGAAAUGUCUCUUGCUUUCAGCCUUUUUGGCAGCAUCACAAUCGAUAUUAGUGUAAUUUCCUUUACGUUUACUUAGCACAAUCUGUUCAGAACGUUUGCAGCCACAAUACACAGAAGACUCUUGACAAAUUCGUUUUCUUGAAAAAUAAGAUAUUUAUUUAUUUCUCAAGGCUAUGAUCACUUGAAGAAAUUUUGCUUGAAUUCACUAGCAGACACCUAUCAUUUCAAUAAAUGGCUAAUGGCUACUAUAAGAUUUGGUAGAAUAUUUUAGAAGCGUCACAACCAUAUAUAAUCAACACAAAACAAUGAAAUGUGAAUGGCAAAACAAACUUUUUUCGUAUGUUUUCAACAAUUCCCUGCACUAACAAGUGACAAUCAAAAUGCACAUUGAAAAUCUCACAGGCAAAACUGAUAACCUACUGCUCAAGCAUUUUAUGUGGCAAUGAACUAUAAAUCACAUAAUAAAGAAAUUUAUUUUAUAUUUGGAAACAGAAAAUAUGGCACAAAUGUAAUAGAACAUAGCCUGUUAAAAAAAAAAAAUCAAGAAAAUAAAUUGUGGGAAGUAUUAACCAUGCUUUUCCAAGAUUAUCACAUCUCACUCGUGAGCUGCAAUUUCUUAGUCGCCAACAGCAAGCUGCCAGCCAUUAUUUCAAACCCUGUAUACAUAUAUAUGAAUAAAUACAAAGUAAAAAGCAAUUCAAAACCUAAUCCAGUUGCACACUGAUAGCAGCAGCAAGUGGUGGUAAUAAUGCAAAAUAAAAUAAAAGGUACAUUUGAAAUUGUUCCCGUAUUCAAUUUGGAAUAAACUACAUGCAAAGUUGUAUGUUUGGAAAGAAACCAUUUACUUUCUUUUGUUGAUGACAAUGCAGGAAAAGAUUUAAAUUUCAUUUUCAUUUUUGGUUUUGCAACACCUUGCACCCUUAUUUCCUGCAGUUUGCUACUGUGCUUUUUUGCAUGUUUAUUUUGAAACAUUAUGUAAAUUUAGUAUUUGAAGUUUUUUUGCAUGUUUAUUUUGAAUUGAAUGUGGGAUGAAUUUAAUCAUAUUUUUUAUUUUGCAUUAGACAGAUAGAUCUAUGCAUAAACAUCCAUACACCUAGCAUAUAUUAUAUGGAAUAAAAGUUCAGAUUUAAAAAAAAGUGCAUAAACUAUACUGGAUUUUUUUAAUUGCAUAAGAAAAUUCAUUUUUUCUCAUGUAAUGUGUUAAUAUGAACACAUUUGUUAUUCUGUGUAUAUCUAUACUGAAGUCCAUUUUUUCUCAUGCAUGGUAUAUCAUAUUAGUAUUUAAUUGUUUGAAUGCUGCUAGUGAUUUACUCUUUAAGACAGUUGCAGGUAAAAAGGCAAAAUUUGUACAGUGUUGGAUUUAAAGAAGGCGAUCAUAAUGGGAAUUUCCGGUGACAGCAUGCAUGUGCCACUGAACAACUACAAAAAGUGAAAUAUUUUUUAUAUUUUUUCUAAUCACUAACAUGGCUGUAACUGUUAUGCUUAUUGCAUUAUCCAAAAAAAAUAUCAUGAAUUCCUGGUGAUCUUUCUAACCUAUACAAGGUUCCACAACUAAAGUUCCACGAUUGCUGCUGGUGCAGUUACCAAAAUAAAACUGGCCCAGAAAAAUAUUUUGGAAUUUCAUGAAACUCGAACAGCAGUAAGAUUGUGGUGGUGGUUUCAUGCCAUAAUACUCCAAACUUGUCAGAAGUUUUAUUAUAAGGAAACCCGAAGACUUUAGUAAACCAUAAAAUUAACUUUAUUUAAAAUUAAAAGGUAAAUUAUGAAAUUUAAUACAUGAUGAUAAGCCCUCGAUCACGAACAAGCAGGAACUGUGAAGUUCAAGUGCAAGUUAGUCUCUCGGUGAGUUGGUCUUUAUACUUGUGCUGUAACGAGUGUGCACGGAUGCAGCGCAGCAAACAUAGAUAAUGCAUGCAAAUGUUAAAAGACUCUUAUCAGAAUGCAAAUACUCCACCACCAGACCAUUAGCAUUGUUUGAUAAUUAGUUAAAUAUAACAUAAAAUGGUGCUAAUGAUAAAACAACACAUGCUCAUUGUUGACUGUUAUGCAAAACACAGUUUCUGAAAAAUGCAUACUGAACUGUUUGAGCAAGUGUUUAAGAAUGGACUUUGUUUAGGCAAAAGCUCCAGCAAAAUAGGCAAUGGAAAACUUAGUGACAAAACAAUGUGAAACGGCUUCUGUAGUGAAGAGCAGUUCUGUUCUUUAACAAUGGUAAAUUUAGUAUUAGAAUUAUACACAUUUUGUGAGCCAGUUUUAUGUCCACUCUGUGCAAGUAAGGUUAAAAAUCACUGCAGCAAACAAUAAUAUGUAUUAUAAGUAAGGAUUAUGUAGAAUAAUCCUUCUCAAUGCACAAAGCUCAUUGUCCUUAACAGAUGUUCAAAACUGAAUCAAGUCAUUUACUGGAAUAUUGUAACAUUUAGAGGUCAAAUUUAUCUUGAUGAUGUCAUUAUCUGUGAAACAUUACCUAUCAGUGCUAGUUCAGAAAGAAAUUGAUGAGAGCCAAGUUUCUGGAACAGUGUGGAUGGCUGAGCCAGGCAAUCCCAUACUUGACUAAGAACUGUUUCCUAGUUAGUAUAUUGUCAGUGUGUUAUCAUCAGUGAGGAAACGUGCUCUGUUGUCACAGAUAUGGAAUUCACACAGUGAAUCCUCUUCAUUAAGUGGUUGGUAGAUAAAAGCACAGUUAAAUUUCAUGAUAAUUUCCUUAAGAUGGCUGGUUGAUAAUAAAGCUGUUCACUUUUUGUUUCAUAUGGGAGUCUAUGACAAGAGGAACCUUUGAUUACAGGUUUUUGGAAUUUGACAAAUCUUCAUUUUCUCGAAUUCUUUUAUGUCCUGUAAGAGAAAAGGGCCAUUUAUAAUUAUAUAUAUUUUAACAUUAACAGAAUAAUAGCAGUCCUGAAAUGUUAUUGUGAAGCCUUCUAUAUUUGGCACAUUUUUCCUUCUAGUUAAAUAAAAUUACCUGCAUUCAAAGCAUUUUAUAUCAUACCAUUAACAUAUUUAUAACUCAAUCAUUCUUCUUUUCAUAUUACUUAAAAGACUAUUAAUGUACAAACUGCACUUUACAAACAAAAGACUUUUAUUUAAAUACUUCACUUUUUUAUACAGCUUGUCUAUAUAUUAGUUGGGCAAUUUUGUAAGUUAAUAACUUCCGAAAUAAUAAAUGAAACUAACCAGCUUAAAGUCAGACUAGUAUUAAUAUUUCCCGAGUUUAUUCAUAGGUGUCAUAACUGACACUAUCUUUUAACGUGCACAUUUCAUUGUUGUUCAGCAUUACGAUAAUGGAGAUGUACAACAGUGCUUAAAAAGCAAAAUGCUGUCUUUAGUUCCAUGAAACUAAUUCUGCUGUGCAAGUAAAACAAAAUUUUAUUCGAAAAUACAAGAAAACAACCCUGAAAAGGAUACUAUUAUGACAUGGUAUCGUCAAUUUACGGGAACAGUGUGUGACUGAUCGCCUCAAGGCCAACUGGCAGUUUCAGAAAAGACGGUUCACGUAAUACGAGAAACAUUCAUGAGAAGUCCCACAAAAUUCACGUCAUGAGCUAGUUUCAAGCUGGGAAUCCCAAAAUCAACAGUCUCAAAAAUCCUGCAUAAGUGUCUCAAGUUCAAACCCUACAAAUUGCACUUGCUUCAAUCUCUGAAGCCUGAUGAUCUGAAAAAAAAGACUAGAAUUUUGCAUGGAUAUGCUACGUGUCAAUAUUGGUUUUAAGUGACAAAGCAACUUUUCACCUAAGUAAAUAAACAUAAUGUAAGAAUUUGGGGAUUGGAAAAUCCUUAUAUCAUCCUACAACAUGAAAGGGAUAGUCCCAAAUAAAUGAGUUUUGUGCAGUGAGUGCCUCGAAUAUUUUCAGCCCAUUUUUCUUCGCGGGGAAAAAACCAUUACGAGAAUUAUUUACCUGAACAUGUUACAGAUUUUCCUUAUGCCAAUCAUCAGAGAAAAAAAUGCCUGGUGGUUUCAUUUUCCAAUGGACGGCACACCUUUUACUAUCACAACGAUAUUAAAUCUUACUUGAAUGCUGAGGUACCAUUUUGGAUUGGUCGUGAAGGUGUUAUGGCCACAACAAUCACCAAAUCCAACACCACUGGAUUUCAGUGUAUGGAGUUUUGUAAAGGAUCAAGUGUACACUCCACAACUUCCCACAUCCAUUCCUGACCUAAAAUCCAGAAUCUGCACUGCGACUUAUUUGAUUGACAAAAACAUGCUGACAAAGCUGUGGCAAGAAAUGAUUUACUGAUGGGAUAUUUGUAGGGCAACGAAAGGAAGUCACAUCAAACAUUUGUGAUAAACUUGAACUAUUUAUCUAUCUUACCAGAAUAUAUUCAUUCCCCCCCCCUGUAAAUUACAUUCAAAUAAAUCAUUCUUUUUGCUUAACUAAUUUGUAGACACCUUGUAUAUUAAUGUUUAUGGUCUUUUUGUUCAUCUAAUUAGUAUGUACAGCGAAUGCCAUCUAAUAAUAUGUGCCAGUAAAGAUUGGUAAGUUUUAUAUUAUAAUUUUACUUAUUUAUAAAAACAUAGUAAUACUAUCUGAGUAAAAUAUAUUUUAUCAAACUUCCCUUUUCGAGCAGUGAUUAAAAAAUUGCAACACUAUGUUAUUUCAUGCAUUGUACAUUGUCUAUAUAUGAAGUUUAUAUCUUUUUGAUGUUAUGUAUAAUUCUAUAAUUGUUUAUAUUGAAACCAUUUUCUGGUUGCAUUAGAUGAAGUUCAAUAAAUUAUAUUUAAAUUAUUA